AUGGAGAUGAAAUUCGUGAUGAUAUUAAUACUCGGCUUUGGCUUUAUGUUUGUUUUCACUGCAUUUCAAACAAUGUGUAACAUCGAGAAAACAAUAUUGGACAGCAUAGCGCAGGAGGAUGACAGCUUCAAGGGCGACGGCUACACCAGCCUGGCCAUACUCUACCUAUUCUUUUCGCUCUCCAAUUGGCUGGCGCCGUCCUUCAUCUCGUUUACAGGACCUCGCGUGGCGAUGGUUGUGGGCGCUUCCACCUACACCCUCUUCAUGAUCACCUUCUUGUUCCCAUCGACUGCGCUGCUGUAUGUGGCGAGCGCUGUGCUGGGUCUGGGCGCCUCGAUCACCUGGACGGGUCAGGGCACCUAUUUGGCUCGCUGCAGCAGCUCUGAGACAAUUUCACGCAAUUCGGGCAUCUUCUGGGCGCUGCUGCAGUGCAGCAUGUUCUUUGGCAACCUGUUCGUCUACUACCAGUUCCAGGACAAGACGCACAUUGACAAGGAGACGCGCAAUCUGGUCAUUGGCGUGCUGACCAUUGUGGCCAUUUUGGGCAUUGUAUUUUUGGCUGCCUUGCGCUUCAUGGCCAGCAAUGCGGAGCAGGACAAUGAGCUCGAGGAGCAGCACACGGGCUGCGGCCAGGCGCUCUAUGCUCUGAAGCUGGCCGGCAAACUGUUUUGCACCAAGAAAAUGCUUCUGCUCAGCCUGGCGUUCUUCUACACAGGUCUAGAGCUUUCGUUCUUCAGCGGCGUGUUCGGUUCGUCCAUUGGCUUCACCUCGAAAAUAGCUUCGACGCCCAAGGAAAUUGUCGGCCUGGUGGGCAUCUGCAUUGGCGUCGGCGAAGUCUUUGGCGGCGGCUUCUUUGGCAUUCUGGCGUCGAAGACGACUCGCUUCGGUCGCGAUCCCAUUGUGAUUGCCGGCUAUGUGAUGCACAUGGCUGCCUAUUUGAUGACAUUCCUCAAUUUACCGAAUAGCGCACCGUUUACAGAUACCACCGAUAUAUCGUAUUUGGACCCACCUAGUGCCUCGAUGGCAUUGGUGUGCGCCUUUCUGCUGGGUCUGGGCGAUGCCUGCUUCAAUACUCAGGUCUAUUCCAUGCUGGGCGGCGAGUUCGUCAACAAUCCGGUUGGCGCAUUCGCCCUCUUCAAGUUCACGCAGUCCGUGGCGGCGGCCAUCAGCUUCUUCUAUUCCUCGCACUUCGGCCUCUACAUCCAGCUGGCCAUUUUGGUCAUCACUGGCACCAUUGGCACGGUGUCAUUUGUUAUUGUUGAGUGGAGCUUUAAGCGGGAGCAUCGCGAGCAGGAGAAGUAGAUGAGGGCGUCGCUUGCGGAGUAGCUUAAUUCAUGAAUGCUGUUUGUAUUUAAGUUUAGUAAUAGUAUUGAAAGAUAUUGCUUAAGGUAAAGCACGCUUUUGUGUAUGUGUAAUGUUUGUUAAAAAAAAACCCUUCGUGCGUGCAUUUGCACGUGCGCCGGCGUCUUCCUAUACAUAUACAAUAAUAGUUAAUUUGUUGAUCGCUAAUGUUGCUAUAUGUAUGAAUGUAUGUAUGUAUUUUAAUGUUGAACUCCAAAAAGUAUUCGUAAUGAU